GUCAUAUGCAGUCGUGUGGUUAGCAUACUUAGCAAUUGGAAGAUUCAUUCGGCAUGAAUUCAUUUCCUUGGUUCCCUUUUAUAAAGAAGACCACAAACAUAAACCCUAACUUUAUCUCUUUCACUCUCUGAAAAUAAGAAGCCGGAUUGAAAAAUAAGAAGCAGCAGCAAUAAUGUCGAGCAUUCCAGUGGAGAUCUACCAUCAAAUCCUUUUAAGUUACCAGUGGAAUCGUUACUAGUAUGUAAGUCUGUUUGCAAGAAUUGGUAUGCCCUAAUAUCUUCCUCUGAUUUCGUUAAUACCCAUAUUACUAUCCAGAAAAACAACCCUAGUCUCAUGCUUGAAAGUUCUGCCAGAUUUACCAACUGGAAUGUACUUUACUCUGUAGGUCAUGAUUCAUUAGCAUCACCAUUGUAUGAAAUUCAAGAUGAUGCUGAUGAAAUGGAUUUCCCAUUCAGAACAUUGGGUCAUGAUGUUAGAUUGUUGGGUUCAUGUGAUGGUGUGGUUUGUUUAUGGUUGUCUGCUUAUGAUGGUUUUAGGGAUUUUCUUUGUCUUUGGAACCCAGCCACAAAAGAAUAUAAAGAAAUACCGGAAUCACCAAUUGAAUUUGAUAGAUCCGAUGUUUGUUUAUUUGCUUUCGGUUAUGAUCGCAAGAAUGAUGAUUAUAAGUUGGCAAUAGGUAUAGAAGCAGAUGGAACCAAGGAUAGUUCUCUAGUCCAAGUCUAUACGUUAUCGUCAAAUUCAUGGAAAAAAAGCGGGCUAAUCGUACCUUAUAAGUUUCUUUAUAUGAAAAAAUCUGGGGUGCUUGUCAAUGGAGACUUUCAUUGGUUAGCUAUAUCAGAAGAUAACAUUUUCUUACUCUCUUUGGAUAUCAGUGAGGAGAGUUUCGAAGAAAUGUCACUACCAAUGGAGAAGGAUCAGCAUCAGUGUACGGUUAUAGGAGAGACUCUAGGAGAGUUCGAAGGGUGCCUUUGUGUACUUGUUAGCUCAUAUCUUAAUGGCGUUAAGAUUAAUGUUGAAGUCUGGAAGAUGCUUGAUUAUGGAGUUCAGGAAUCUUGGACUAAGUAUGAUGUCAUUUCCCAUGAGAGUAUUAUCACGGACCAGUUUUUUUUUAGGCUGUUGGGGUCUUUAAAAAAUGGCGAGAUUUUAUUCUUGAGUUGUGGUAUUCUAGUUUUGUAUGACCCGAAAAAUAGAAGUGUUAGAGAACAAAAAAUUGACAAUUUUUCUUUCUUAAACGCCGAGAAUUAUUUUGAAAGCUUAGUUUCUCUCAACUCUGGUACUCAUGUCUGGGAAGAUGAUAAGUUAAGAAUCAAUAGAGACCUGAAGAGGAAGCUUUAGAAGAAAAACAGGUGAAUAUGUUUUUAGUUCUUGGCAUUGAUAUGUAUUCAUGCAGUGUUUUAGUGAAUUGCAAAAGUGGAUUGAAAUUUGAGAUUAUAAAGUUACUGUGUUGCAUUUCGGUUCUCAUACUUUAAGUCUUUGAACCUUAACAUAUGCCAUGUUACCGGGAUGGAAAUUUUGUGUUGUAUCCAACCUAGAGCAACCUAUCUUCCACUGUUUUGCAGUUCCUGUUGUGGUUGAUUUUUAAUCCAUCCAAUCUUUUGAAAUUCUCCAUAAGUCACUCAUAUUUAUGAAUGCAAUGUUGUUUUCUCUAUGUCCGCUGUCAUUUUUAUAUCAUCCUGUGGAAGUGUUUGAAGGAAUCCAGAAUUUGAUCAGAAAUAAUGGCAUUCUGACUAUGUAAUUUUUUUUACCUUAUGGUUUGUGGUCAGUGGGGCUCUGGAAAGAUGUCUCUUUUGUUUUCAUUAUCUUUUAUCUUCUUCUCUUUUUGUUUGUUUUUAAAUUUCUAACCUUCUUAAGACAUCUUAUGGUGAAUGGGGUUUAAGGGGUCAAUAUAUAUAAAAUCAGAUUCUUAAAUAUGUGGUUUAGGAUGAGAUUUAGUUGCUAAUUAAAUCGAUAUCUUGUUGUUUAUUGAUGCUUGACCUAUCCAUAAUUGUAAUUCCCAGGACCGAAUGCUUUAUAAAAUGAUACCUCAAUGCUUUAUUAUGAGUCCUAGUUUUACUUAAAUUCUGGCAUGGGGUCAUGGAGCGAAGGAAGCAUUUAAUCAGUUGAAACGUAGGUGAUUUGGGGCUGCAAUCUGCAACUGCCAUAGUGAACAAUAUGUGGGUCUAGUAACUGAAAUUUUGGUGUGGGCUACUCGCGUAGAGUCGAGCUGCUUCCUAGUAAAAAUCCUUUUGGGAUCUAGUGGUGUAAAGGUUUGGCAAAAAGCUUUACAUAUGAAAAUAGAAAUGCAUAUCUAAGAGUGGGGAGGCUGGUGCUUGCUAAAUUGUUUUGGGAGACAUUGCAGUCUACUUCCUGUUUCUGUGAAAGCUCCGGUAUCGAUUAUUGGCUUCCUGGAGAAGGAAAUCAGGAAUUUCAAUUAGGCGGCGAAGGAUGGAGCUCAAGGUUCUCAUUCAACUUAACUGAAAACAAGUGUGUUAAGGUAUGUCAGCUAGUGGUUUGGGGUUUACGAGUGUGCAACGAAGGAACGGCUCACUCCUCGCGAAGUGGUCCUGGAGAUUGAAGACAAAUGCAGAGAUUCUGCUUCUUUAUGGCUUCCACACAUGGUAAUGUGACUGCAUGUAUGUCCUUCUCCACAUACAGCAUGGUAAUGUGACUGCAGAAAAUUCACCAGGGAUUCGAUGAUGAAAGUUGACUGAAGCAAUGCAGAAAGCAAAUGGUCGAUACCUUCCCAAGAGAGGACCCGAUCAGUUUACUUAUUUCAUCAGGGUUUGACAUAAACGCGCAUCAAGGUCCAUUCAGACCGCCACUAGAAGAUUCUAAUGACCUUUUACUGAGGAUAGAGUUUGUCAGAAAGGUUAAUGCUUUAUAACAAGAAGUUCGCCAUGAACAGGAAGAAGCCGAGACUGCAGAAGGAUUUGAUGCAGAACCCGUUGCAAGUAAAUUUUGGUUAUUAGUUAUUUACUUUUUGUAUGGACUAAACAGAGAAAUCGUUGUCUGUUCCACCAUGUCCAACCAAACCAUUGACUGACUACACAUUCUUCCUCUUUCUGUCAGCAUCAAGGUCCAUUCAGACCGCCACUAGAAGAUUCUAAUGACCUUUUACUGAGGAUAGAGUUUGUCAGAAAGGUUAAUGCUUUAUAACAAGAAGUUCGCCAUGAACAGGAAGAAGCCGAGACUGCAGAAGGAUUUGAUGCAGAACCCGUUGCAAGUAGAUUGAAGCAACAUGAGAAACAAAGAACUAUAAACCAAAUAAAAGCUCUAGUAAAUGUAGCUGCAUCUCUGAAAUGGUAGUAGUUCAAUGACCCAAGAAACCGUAAUUUGAUGACCAACAGUGGACAGGGAGGCUCCCCGAGGGAGCAGUGUGGAUAGUGUGGAUUCGAGAUGUCACUGCAUACAGACGUAUACAGAUCUGGAAGAAACUGCUGGGCUGCAGUGCCUCCAUGGACCUGAGAAGAUGAGAAAGGCCACAUCUCAUGGUAAUUGAAUGGAGAUUUGCUUCAUAGACACUGAAUGACUGAUUGUCGGAUAUCCUAAGAAGAUCCAAGUAUCCUCAUUGGUAUUAAAUGUACUCAUCAUGUACUGGUCUUCUUUUCUCAAGGAUAAAGGAAAAGAAAUGUUUCCGAUUUACAGAUUUACAUUUUGCGCAUCUGUUCUAUGUUU